AUGAUAAUAUACAAGAUAUCAUUAAUGCCAGAAAUUCGAUGAAACGUGCAUCAGAAGCCAUGGCUAUCAAAUAUAAAAUAUCAACAAGGCGCGUAUAUCAAAUAUGGAGGGAAACCCAUCCUCCAAUAGAUCCUAGGGAAGUGAUGUCGCAAUCAAAUAUUGGUGGAGACAAUACAACUGAUAUGAGCAUGAAAACUCGAUCCAUAAAUCACAUUACACAUUCUGUAGAAACUCCUAUCGUUACUUCGGGUAUACAGACAAAGAGAAAAAAACUGAGAUCUAAGACUAAUCGAAUUUCUGACCCAUCUAAUAUUAUCGCCGGGGGAGGUCACACAGUGGAUAGUUAA